AUGGCGGCGGGCCCGGGGCGCGGCGGCAGCGGCUGGGGCCGGAGCCGGGGCGCCGUGCUGCUGCUCUUCUUCUCGCUGUCGCCGCGGCCGCCGGCCGGGGCCGCCUGGCUGCUGGGGCUGCGGCCCGAGGACACGGCGCCGGGCCGGGUGUCCCUGGAGGGCGGCGCGGUGCAGGCGGCGGAGGGGAGCCGCUUCCUGCUGCGCCUCUACUUCCAGCCGCCGCCCGAGGGCAACGGGAGCCGCGGGCCGGCGGGGGAGCGGGAGCCGCGGCUGGUCUUCAUCGAGGAGGCGGCUCCGGCGGCGGGGGGCAAGGCGGCGCGGGGCCCGGCGGAGCGGUGCCGGGAGCGCAGCGCCUGGGCCUCGGACGUGGAGGUGGUGGGGCCGCUGCGCUCGGGCGGGGCGGCGGGCUCGGCGCUGGCCGAGGUGCGGGUGCGGGAGCCGCGCAAGGGCGAGGCGGCGGCGGCGCCGGGCGGGCGGCUCUUCUCGCUGUGCGCCUGGGACGGGCGGGCCUGGGCGCACUACGGGGCGGCGGGCGGCUUCCUGCUGCGGGUCCGGCCGGCCGCCCCGGCGCUGGGCGCCUGGCUGCUGCCGCUGCCCGAGGCGGGCUGGCUGCGGGCGCUGGGCGCCCUGCUGCUGCUGGGGCUGUCGGCGCUGUUCAGCGGGCUGCGCCUCUCGCUGCUCUCGCUGGACCCGCUGGAGCUCCGCGUCCUGCGCAACAGCGGCUCGGCCGCCGAGCAGGAGCAGGCGCGGCGGGUGCAGGCGGUGCGCGGCGGCGGCGGCACCUACCUGCUGUGCACGCUGCUGCUGGGGCAGGCGGGGGCCAACGCGGCGCUGGCCGGCUGGCUCUGCGCCUCGCUGCCGGGCGGCGGGGCGGCGGCCGGCGGGCCGCGGGGAGCGCCCUGGCUGCCGGUGCUGCUGUGCGCCGCCGCCGUCUUCCUGGGCGGCGAGGUGCUGCCCUACUCCGUCUGCUCGCGGCACGGGCUGGCCAUCGCCUCCCGCACCCUGUGCCUCACCCGGCUGCUGAUGCUGGCCGCCUUCCCCCUCUGCUACCCGCUCAGCCGGCUGCUGGACUGGGCGCUGCGGCAGGAGCUCAGCGUCUUCUCCACGCGGGAGCGGCUGCUGGAGACGCUGCGCGCCGCCGGCCCCCACGGCGACCUGGUGCGGGAGGAGUUGGCCAUGGUGCAGGGCGCGCUGGAGCUGCGCACCAAGGUGGUGGAGGACGUGCUGACGCCGCUGGCCGACUGCUUCAUGCUCCGUGCCGACGCCGUGCUGGACUUCGCCACCGUCUCGGAGAUCCUCCGCUCCGGCUACACCCGCAUCCCCGUCUACGAGGGUGACCGGCGUGACAACAUUGUCGACCUACUCUUCGUCAAGGACCUGGCCUUCGUCGACCCCGAUGACUGCACCCCCCUGCAGACUGUCACCCGUUUCUACCGCCGCCCGCUCCACUGCGUCUUCAACGACACACGGCUUGACACACUGCUUGAGGAGUUCAAGAAGGGAAAGUCCCACCUGGCCAUCGUGCAGCGGGUGAACAAUGAAGGGGAAGGAGACCCGUUCUACGAGGUGAUGGGCAUUGUCACCCUGGAGGAUGUCAUUGAGGAGAUCAUCAAGUCUGAGAUCCUGGAUGAGACGGAUCUGUACACAGACAAUCGGAAGAAGGAGCGGGUGCCCCACCGGGGACGCAAGCCCCAGGACUUCUCCAUCUUCAGGCUCUCAGACAGCGAGAUGAAGGUGAAGAUCUCCCCGCAGCUCCUCCUGGCUACACAUCGGUUCAUGGCAACAGAAGUGGAGCCUUUCAAGUCCCCCUACCUCUCCGAGAAGAUCCUGCUGCGGCUCCUGAAACACCCCAACGUCAUCCAGGAGCUCAAGUACGACCGAAAGAACAAGAAGGCAGCAGAGCAUUACCUCUACCAGCGCAACCGCCCCGUCGACUACUUCGUCCUCAUCCUGCAGGGGAAAGUGGAGGUGGAGGUUGGCAAGGAAGGACUGCGGUUUGAGAAUGGGGCAUUCACCUACUACGGCGUCCCCGCCAUCAUGGCUGUUGUCUCCUCGGAUAAUGACGUGCGGAAAGCGGGAAGCCUGGCUGGAUCCUCCUUCUUACUGCCUGUCUCAGUGUCCCGUACCUUCGCCUUCAGCAGAGGGGACUCCCUGGCUGGCUCUCCAGUGAACAGGUCACCGUCACGGUGCAGCGGGCUCAACCGCUCUGAGUCCCCCAACCGGGAGCACAACGACUACGGGGGCAGCACCACGCAGCUCCACAGCAGCAGCAACAACAUCUACACGCCCGACUACUCUGUGCACAUCCUCUGCGACGUGCAGUUUGUCAAGGUCACCCGGCAGCAGUACCACAACGCGCUGGUGGCCAGCCGCAUGGACAGCUCGCCCCAGUCCCCCGACAUGGAGGCCUUUGACAGGGAUUCAACCAAGGCCUCAACCGUGCGGGGAACCCCACAGACACCCAAGGAAGAUGCCACCACCCUCCUGAAUGAGAGGAACAGCGUCAUCCACUCUGAGGGGCUGCGCAGUCCCAGUGAGUCGGUGUUCCUGCGCAUGGAGGGCAUCCCCUUCAUCCAGGAGGAGCUGGCUGACAACGAGGAGAACCGCAAGCGGCAGAACAGUGAGUGCUGCAGCACCAUCCUGGAGGCAGAGUCCUCAGGGAGAGAGGCCGGGGCCAGCUCAUCGCCAAGCAGCUCUGAGGAAACGCUGGGCAGGAGGCUGCUGAGAUCCCUCAGUGGGCGCAAGCAGCGGCCGUCGCCAGAGGGUGAGAAGACGCCAGAGGAGAGCUCCAAUCUUGCCUCGUUAAUCACCUGA